AUGUCUCCUUUGAUGGGUGGAGAAAGUGAACUUGCCUCCAAUAGCGCUAAACCGGAAGAAGAAAGUGAAGACAAAGAAGUCAUGGAGAAGGUCAUUGACGCAACAGAUCAUCUCAAACGCCACCAUCUUGUUCACAGUGUUAUGAGUCAACAUCUGAAUGCUACAACCAUGUUUCUAGAGAAGUUCAUCUUGAAAAUCGGUAAGAGGAAGACGAAUUCUGGCAUCAAAAAUCUUCAGUUAAACACUGACCUUCCUCAGAGGAGGCAACAAGAUCAUGGAAUCAAGUGCAGGGAACUCUACAUUGAUUAUUAUCAUAGUAGUAGUAGUGGUGGUGGCGGUGGAGGUGGCAGUGGAUGUGGCGGUGGUGGUGGUGGUGGUCGUCGUCAUAUUAGUAGUAGUAGUAGUAAUAGUUGCAAAGCAUCUAAUACGUUGGCAGCUUCUUCCAUAAUGGCUGCAUAA